GGAUCACACAAAUAAUAGUGCCCCAGAGCUCAUAGUAGAUUGUAUGGAAGAUUUGUUGGCAGUUAAGCAAGAAAAUGGUGAAGAUAUGAUUACUGAGGAAAAUAUGAAUUUACCUGAAGAUACAAAUGACCUUUGCAUUUCCUAUAUUUUUUCUGAAGAGGAUCACCCAAAUAAUAAUUCGCCAGAACUGGAAGUAACAGCUAUUGAAGAAGCAGAGUCUAUGGAAACGCGUAAACACGAAGAAGGUGUUAUACGCUAUUUUGGAAUGAAUAAUGAAGCCGGUAGAAUAAUUUCAAAAAAUGGAAAAUGUUAUAAAUUUUAUAAGAAAGAUAUUGUUGGUUCUUAUAAAUAUUAUAAAUCUCCACAAAAAGCAAAGUUUGUGGUCAAUGAUUCACAGCCGAAUUGGGCCAUAGAUGUUGAAAUAGUUGGAGAUAUUUAUGGCCAACGAUGCUAUUAUUGCUUAACGCAUGGUCAUUAUACAGAGGAAUGUAUGCAAUUGGAUAUUGACUCAUUAAAUUUUUACUAUCCUUACAUUUAAAGUACUAGUACA